AGAAACGGAGAUAUUUUCACUGUUGCUGUUCUUAUCUCUCUCCGCCAUUCGUGCAACGCUCGUCGCCGCCCGUGAGCUCCGGCCGUUGGUGCCUAAGCAGAGCUCCACCCUCCCUCCUCCGGCGUCCUCUUCUCCAGUGUAGCCUCCGUGCCCGCGACCUACCCGAUAGUUUCUCCGCUGGGCUCGGCAGUAGCGCUCCCUGCGUAGUGGCGCGCGCGAGGAGACGGCGGCUCGGUCUCUCCCUGGGCACUUCCGCCCCGGCCCUUCUCUUCCUCCUUUGCCGGCGCCGCCGCCGCCCUUCCUCCGCCACCGGCAUCGUCUGCUCCUCCUCCGUCUCCUGGCAACCGAAGCAGCAACUGAACCCACAUUAAGUUGCCUUCCGUAUCUGCUGAAUUUACAGCGCCUUUUUGGGGGGCUGGGUUUGUGGCAUGGAGAUACUUAACUGUAAGGGCGUUCGUUUUAGCUUGACAGGCAUCAAUGGAACCAGGGCCAACCAGUUAGUAAAGAUAGGAUCCCAACCUCAACGAGUUGGCCGGGCAAGGUCAGUAACAUGCUGUGAGUACUCUCCUGAUCCUGCUAGCAAGAGGCAUGAGAGGUAUCAGCAACAACCACAAAAUGUUGAUCUCCCAGAAUUACACCCGAAGAACAAAAAGAAGCCAUUUCCUGUCCCAAUUAAAAAGAUGCUGCAAGCUUCCCGCAAAGAUAAGAGGCUUGCACAGAUGAGGAUAGAGAAGCCUCUUGAGCCCCCAAAGAACGGCUUGCUUUUACCAGAGCUUGUCCCUGUUGCCUACGAAGUCCUUGAGAACUGGAAAGUGCUCAUCAGAGGCAUCUCUCAACUUCUGAAUGUUGUUACAGUUUAUGGUUGCAGAAAAUGCCCUCAAGUCCAUGUUGGCCCAGUUGGCCACCAGAUACAAGAUUGCUAUGGUUCAGGAAGCCAGCGACGAAAUAGUCACCACUCUUGGGUCAGAGGAUCCAUCAACGAUGUGCUCAUCCCGAUCGAAUCUUACCAUCUUUUUGACCCAUUUGGGCGGAGGGUCAAGCAUGACACCAGGUUUGACUUCGACAGGAUUCCAGCAAUUGUUGAGCUAUGCAUUCAGGCUGGUGUCGACCUACCACAAUAUCCCACAAGGAGACGGACUGCUCCUGUGCGGAUGAUUGGCAAGAAGGUUAUUGACCGUGGCGGAGUUGUCGAUGAGCCUAAGCCACACCGAUUGGAGGACUGUAUAUCUCUUCUUGCUGAGCUUGACACAUUUAGCAACCAACAGGGACAGUCACCCGCGCCGGCCAAUGUGAAAGAGCAUGCAGAGAGGACACUGAAAGCAUACUGUGAUGUCCGGCGGGGUGUUACGCAGCUGAUGAGCAAGUAUACGGUAAAAGCAUGCGGGUACUGCUCUGAGGUCCACGUUGGUCCAUGGGGACACAAUGUGAAGCUCUGUGGGGCUUUCAAGCACCAAUGGCGAGACGGCAAGCACGGGUGGCAGGAUGCUGUUGUGGAUGAGGUCAUACCACCGAACUAUGUGUGGCAUGUCCCUGACCCCACUGGCCCUCCUCUCAGAUCCUCUCUAAGGAGUUUCUAUGGCAAAGCUCCGGCCGUGGUCGAGCUAUGUGUGCAGGCGGGAGCUGAAAUACCUGCAGAGUACCGGCCAAUGAUGAGGACUGAUAUCAUCAUCCCAGACCCCGAUGAAGCUUGGAUGGCUGCAUGAAAACAAUGUUCUACCCCUGCACUUCUGAAGAUGCCCGGAGUCCAAAUUCCAGCCGAAGGUGCUUGUUACCUGGAUGCCCCAUGGUUGGGCCCUGUCAUAUUGCGUGAGGCAGCAGCAAAUGCAUAGGUUGUAUUAUAAUACUAAUACUACGCUGAACCAUGACCAGACAUACUCUCAAAAUUGAUUCAUAGAUCCGCUAAAAGUAUUCAUCAAAAGAUGCACAACUUGAAGAAAGGAAGUGGAAAAGGACGUCCUCUGCUAUGGUGUAUAUAACCUUGUUUAAUGGUGUGAGAUGCCUUAUGCUUCCCUAUGCUAGACUGUGAGGCACUUACGAUGGCUCGAUACAGAUGGCUUCCCCCUUUCCUCUGCUGGUACCAAGCUUAAUGGCGAGCUGAUUCUUGGGAUUAAACUAAUCACUGAGAUUUGUUCGGGUAUUUGUGCGUCUGGCUGUGAUUAAUCAUGGACUAAAAGCUGUGCAACUUGUACCUGCCCCCAGAAUCCCAGAUCAUCGCUCCCGGUGCGGCUACAUGUAUGCCAUCAGAUUUAUCGGUAUAAUGUACUCUCUCCUCUACUCUUUUGUGCUGUAUACUCUGUAACAUGGGUGCAAAAGCUGUAUCAAAUGGAUGGUUACAGAGCCAUGAAGUGGACUUAGUGUAUUUGUUUCUAAAGGAUGUAUGACAGGCAAUUCAGCCAGCCUGAUCAAUGCUUC